GGUUUUUUUUUAUAUGAUGUCGCACCUUUUGAGGAACGACAGGCAGCUGCUGUCGGUGUCGUUGAAUUAACUAAAUCAUAAUCAUCAUCUAUCAGCGAGCCAGUGAGAUCAUCGACAAAGCCACGACCAGCCACUGCCAUUGUUGGCCGUGAAAAUGCUGAAAAUGUAAACCGCAAUUCGUUUAGAAAGUGUGUGUGUGAGCGAGCGAACGAAGUACUUAAAUUAAUACUAAGCAUAGUCUUGGGAUGAUGCUGCAACUGUUAAUACUCAAGGCGCUGCUUGCGCUGCAGCUGAUCUCGAGUUCGAGUCUUGCUGAAACGAAGCCAGAAGUAAAACAUACGCUGACAUUGCCAAAUCUACCGUCCGAUCAUCUCAUACGCUACCUCAACACAUUUCCCAUGCUGAAGGGACAGCUGGCAGGGAAUGCGACGACCAGAAGGGAAUCUCACGCCUGCUGGGGACACGAGCGUAAUUGCAGUCCAGAGGCGCGUUUCCAGACACCCCAUUGUCCGGGCGAUCACACCGGCUGGGUGCAAAGCAAGGAGGCACAGGUGCAGACCUUCUAUUACCAGGCCGACUUUGGUUACAUUCAACAGCAGCUUUCGGAGCUGACGCCCCAAUGUAUGCCCAAAUACUUGACCGACUCAUCGCUGGAAUGCACACGCUAUCUGCGCUUCUGUCGUGGUCGCAAUCUACUCGUCGAUCUGCGGGAUGUGGCCAAGCGCAAGGAGCGUAUUCGCUAUCACAUGGAUGUGCUGAGUCCCGGCCAGAUUUUGGGUCAUUGUGGGCUCAAUAGAACGCGUCUCAAUGCUGAAAUGGAUCACAUUGGAUCGGCACUGCAAUCCUGGGGCCCGGAGCUACGUAAUUUCGAUGUGUUGUCUCAUCCCGUGCUGGAGAGCGGCGCCUGCGACCUGGUUGUUAAUGCACCCACAUUCAUUAUGAAAAUCGAUGCCACCUACAAUAUGUAUCAUCAUUUCUGUGACUUCUUUAAUUUGUACGCCUCGCUGUUUGUCAAUCAAUCGCAUCCGGCUGCCUUCAAUACGGAUGUGCAGAUAUUGAUAUGGGAGACAUAUCCAUAUGAUUCUCCCUUUCGCGACACAUUCAAGGCCUUCACUCAGCGCCAGGUCUGGACACUGAGCGAUGUCCAGGGAAAGCGUGUCUGUUUCCGGAACGUUGUGCUCCCGCUGCUGCCACGCAUGAUCUUUGGACUCUUUUACAAUACUCCCAUUAUCCAGGGUUGUUCCAACAGCGGUUUAUUCCGCGCCUUCUCCGAGUUUAUUCUCCAUCGCCUGCAGAUUCCGUAUCAUCCUCCGCUGGCACAACGCAAACUGCGCAUAACUUACCUAUCACGUCGCACAAAGUACAGGCAGGUGCUGAACGAGGACGCCCUGCUGGACCAGUUGGAUGCCAACGAGGACUACGUGGUGCAACGUGUCUCCUAUGAACGCCUUUCGUUCACCGAGCAAUUGGCCAUCACACGGAACAGUGACAUCCUAAUUGGAAUGCAUGGCGCUGGCUUGACGCACUUGCUCUUUUUACCCAACUGGGCAUGCAUUUUUGAGUUGUACAACUGUGAGGAUCCUAAUUGCUACAAGGAUUUAGCUCGUCUGCGUGGCGUUCACUAUGUGACCUGGGAACAAGCCGAUUUGGUCCAUCCGCAGGACCAAGGACAUCAUCCCGAGGGAGGCGCUCACGCCAAGUUUACAAAUUAUCGCUUUGAUCCCAUUGAGUUUGGACGACUGGUGGCUCAAGCGGCUAACCAAGUGCGAGUGCACAAAGACUUCCCACAGUCAAUGACACAGCACGAUGAGCUUUAGAUUAGUUAUAGCGCUUGUGAUUUCAAUUACCCAAUGCAUUUAUUUAAGCACAUAGAUUUAUUCAAAAAUAAACCGACAGUAUCGAAAGAA